UUAUAGCAAACAGAAAUAGCACAGAAAACACAAUGCUUGCAAAGCUUUUGAUAUCAAUCUCAGCCAUUUGUUUCGCGGCCCUUCUGGCUGAGGCCGCAAUCUCCAAACCCAAGUCCUUCGGAAGUCAGUUUUUGACCCAAAGUCUGAGACGUGGGAGGGGCAGGGGGCGUAGACCUGUUACCCCAAAACAAUGUGAGGCUUCUGGUCACGCUGAGAUUGUAAAACCUGAGGAUUUUAUCACCCCUGAAUGGAACCCAGAACAAGAAAGAAGAGUUAUGGAAAGUGUCAGAACAAACGCAGAAGAAUGGAACAGGCUUCAGGCCUUUAAUCAAUACUACAAUCCACUGGACUACAGUGAAUAUGGGUACUUUAAACACGAUAAGUAUGAGUUUGGAUGUAAGGAUGUAUGCAUCCAGAAGAGAGUGCCAGUACUGGGGGCCUAUCUCACUAUUGAGGACCACAAUGGAAUGAACGGUACCUACCGCUGUUACGUGGCUCCCACCCAGAGACUCUGGUACACCACCUGUGGAGAAAAACUGCCUGCCCUGACAGUGAAGAUGAGUCCCGCCUACCAGUGCCUCCCAGAGAUGAUCCAGGAGAGAGAGGUCAUCAUGUACUGCCCAGAUAUCGUCCCCCAGUGCCGGACCCGGACCUUCGCUCUCCCCCAAACAUGUAGUCUACAGGAGGUCAAGUGUGUCAGCACCAUCCCCAAGCGUAACCCAUUCCUCCUCAGACAAGGAUAAAGCCUUUCAGUGACAAUAGAACAUUCCUAAUUUAUCCAAUUUCAAAAAAAAAAAAAAAUUCUGAAGUCCUCUUUCUUUGGACAAAAACCCAAAUUGUUUAAAUCCUGAAAUUGUAUCCAUAUGUAAAAAUUGAAUAAGAAUUGAUUGUUUUCUAAGUUUUGCAUUUUGACAUUUAAAAAUAAGGUUAAUUUUGUUUUAUUUUAGAAAUGAAUCUGAGGCUAUUUUUAUCGAUAUCUCUUAAUGUUGAAAUCAUACAUUCUAGCAUCAAUUUUUUGAUGUGUUUAUCUGUGAUAAUAGGGAUUUCAAAUAAUUUUUGUACGUUUAUAAUUUGUUUAUGUUGUUAAGUCUGUUGCUGGGGUAGAAAUUAUAUUUACAUUUCGCUAUGUAUAUUGUUUUAUCGGAAAUGAUAUCUUAUAAAUUCUACCUCAGACUUUCAAAAUCCAAGGUUGCCAAAUCAUUGCCUAUAUAUGUACAUCAUCAAUCAUCCAAUUUGUGUUAUUUGUAUGCAAGUGCCCGACGUGAGAGAGUUAUUUCUAAUGUGCAAUAUUUUUAUGCAAUAAACGUUUUUGCUUUGAAAUGAAA